AUCCAAAAUGAGUCGGGAUGUUCCCAUCCACAACUGGCCCGGCUCCUACUACAUCAACAGCGAGAAGCGGUGGGAGAACGGCACCCUGUCCCUCACCAGAACUACGCUGCGCUUCGUCUCCAGCCAGAGCGGGGAGAGUCUGGCCAGUUUCCGCCUGUCUCGCAUCAUGGAAGUCAAGAUGGAGUCUUCCAGCUUCAUCUUCAGCACCCUUACCGUGCUGGAGGAGGGCAACAUCAAGCACUGGUUCGGUUCCCUGAAGCCCAACAGGGUUGUAGUCUAUAAUGUGUUGGUGCAUUUCUGGAGAGAGCGCCUGCUUUCGCCUGGUUCUGAGACCCAAGGCGCUGAACCCCAUCCCACCAAAGGCAGAGAGCUCAUCAGUCUGAUGGCUGGGGCCCAGAGAAGACUGGAGGACACAGGUCGAGUCCUCAGCCACCAGGGAGAGCAGUUUGACAGCAUGAUGCAGGGGCUGGAGAAAAUCGACUCGGACUUGGGAGUGGCUGAUAAACUCCUGUCAGAACUCGAGUCUCCCUCGUGGUGGCCUUUCGGAAAGCUUCCCUGGAAGGCCGCACAAGAGGCCAAGGCUGAAGAUGCUGCCAGGGCAGCAGCUGCGGCCUCCUCAAGCGGGACCAAAAACAAGGUGAUCACGAGCAUCCCAGCGGUGGUGUCCAGAGGCGGAGAUUCAGACUUUAAACCCGGAUGUUUCCUGGUGCUGGUGUCCUCCAUGGAAGUACGAGACACCAACUGCCACCUCUUUCACCGAUUUGAACGGAACGAAGUUGACGAAAUCAAGGUGUACAGUCCCUACGAGAUUACCGUUCGACAACGGUUCAUCGGGAAGCCAGAUAUUUGUUACCGGUUUCUUUCUGCCAAAAUGCCAGAAGCUUUGUCGGUGUUGGAGAUGCAGUACAAGAAAAAGAUGGAAUUCACAAAAGAAUUCACAGCAUUCAAAGCAACUCCACUUUCAUCGCCGUGCGAUAAAGAAGGGACCAACUGGAAUGAAGGUUUUCUGCAGAGGUGCCAAGAGACUGAGGUCCCAGUGGAGGUCCCAGCGGGAGAGCUGUCCCAGUUGCAGGUGCAUGUUCUCCAGCCGACUGUGAGUCAGGCUGAGGCCCAAGAGCUCAAGCAGAUGUUGCUGCAGCUGAAGAACCUCGCGCUGGAAGCCGAGUCGGAGCUGGAGCGGCAGGAUGAGGUCCUGGACGUCCUGACGAGCUCGACUGACCGAGCCACCAUGCACAUCGGGAAGCACACGAGUCGCAUAAAGAAGCUGCUGUAGUGCUGAUAUCAAACACACCCUGUUCCAUCGUCGUCCACAUCGGAAGGAGCAGUCAGGAUUUAGGAGAACAGCUCCCGUGCAGGCCGUCCCGCUCAGGUAGAGGCUUAGAAAGAUUUGCAUGAGACUGCAGUCGAGGUACGUUGGUGGCCUGGUUAGUACCAGAGUCACCGGAAUCCUCAGUUCAGGUUGAACUAGUCCAAAUCCAAAAUCAAACCUUGGGUUGUUUGAUCAGACGAUGCUCCGACAUCCUGUUUUCUCCGGUCUCGUGUCCCGAAUUUCCUUCAGCGUUUGCACGUCUCAAUAUAUGGGGUCAAAUCAGGAUCAACUUAAGGUGAACGAAAAAAUAGACUGAACAUUUGAAAAAAAAUGAACUUUUGAAAAUAAGACAUUGUAAAUUUGAAUAAAAAGUAAAAAUUUGAAAAGAAAACUGAAAACUUAAAAGAAAUCUUAAAAAUUUGAAAAAAAAU